GUGGCUGUUCUUGCUUCGACCCCAGCUAGGGUUUCCAAGUUCGGAGAGACUGAGGUUUUGAUCUGAGAUUAAACCCUAGCGAUAAUCAAGCUAGAAGUGAGUGAGAGAGAUAGAGGGAUAGAGAAUCGGGUUUAGAAUGUCGUUUAUGCAACAGUUUCAGGCGAAGAAGAGUGUGGCGAAGCGAUCCAAGAAGUACUUGGAAGAGGCGCUUUACAAGAGGCUCUUUAAGGAGGGUAGUUCUGAGGUCAGUGUUAAGCAACAGCUUAAUCAAUUCCUCAAGAGCUCGAAAAGAGUUUAUAAAUGGGAGGUUGGUCACUCCCUCAAGCUCCUCCGCCAGCGGAAGCGUUACUACCCCGCCCUCAAGCUAUCAGAAACUAUGGAGAAAAGGAAUAUGAACAAGACAGUUAGCGAUCAAGCCAUACAUCUAGAUCUAGUUGGCAAAACCCGAGGCAUUGCUGCUGCUGAAGCUUACUUCAUUGGUCUUCCCGAGUCCUCAAAGAACCAUCUCACUUGUGGUGCUCUUCUGAAUUGUUAUUGCAAGGAAUUGAUGACUGAAAAAGCUGAGGCUUUAGUAGAAAAGAUGAAAGAACUGAAGUUAGCUUUAAGCUCCAUGCCUUAUAACAGCUUGAUGACCUUAUACACAAAAACUGGCCAGCCAGAAAAGAUCCCUGCCAUUAUCCAAGAAAUGAAGGCCUGGGAUAUCAUGCCAGAUUCCUACACCUACAAUGUCUGGAUGAGGGCUCUUGCUGCUGUGGAUGAUAUUUCUGGUGUUGAGAGAGUUUUUGAUGAAAUGAAAAGGGAUGGGCGAAUUGCUGGAGAUUGGACAACUUAUAGUAAUUUGGCAUCAAUUUACGUUGAUGCAGGCUUAUUUGAGAAAGCAAAGAAGGCACUAAAGGAAUUGGAGAAGAGAAAUGCUUGCCGUGAUCUCUCUGCUUACCAGUUUCUAAUUACAUUGUAUAGUCGAACCAAAAAUCUGAUUGAAGUUUAUCGUGUGUGGCGUUCUUUGAGAUUGGCUUUUCCUAAAACUGCAAACGUAAGCUAUCUGAAUAUGAUUCAGGCUUUGGUUAAUCUGGAAGAUUUACCUGGUGCUGAGAAAUGUUUCAGGGAAUGGGAAUCUGGUUGCUCAACUUAUGAUAUUCGAGUGGCAAAUGUCCUAAUAGCUGCUUAUGCUAAAGAAGGUUUAUUAGAGAAAGCUGAGGAGCUCAAGGAGCGGUCCCGGAGGAGAGGGGCCAAGCCUAAUGCUAAAACUUGGGAGAUCUUUUUGGAAUACCAUUUGCAAAAUGGAGAGGUUAAACAAGCAGUUGGUUGCAUUGAAAAUGCAAUCUCAACCAGCAGAGGGAAUGGUAGGAAGUGGGUCCCAUCACCUUUGAUUAUAGGGAAGUUGAUGGAUCAUUUUGAGGAGAACAAAGAUGUUGAGGGUGCAGAAGGUUUUCUGGAUAUUUUGAAGAGGGCUGUGGAUGAGAUUGGGGUAGCGGUGUUUGAAUCAUUGUUAAGAACUUAUGUAGUUGCGGGGAGAACAAGUCUUACAAUGCGCCGCCGUCUGAAGAUGGAGAAUGUGGAGCUGAGUGAGGAAGAUAAGAAGUUGCUGGAUGUGGUGUGUGUGGAGUGAGUUUCGUUUUUUUAACAAUUCCCUGGUCAAAUUUGCUGUUGCUAGCAUGUCAAGAAAUUGAUCACUUUGUUAUUCUAUUGAUUAAUAAAGCGUACCCCUCUUUGGCUCAAUGGGAAGGUGAAUUCCCCCAUUUGUGACUGAUUUUUGUGAUACGAAGUUGCAAUUUAAAUUGAGGAUAGUUGGUUUGUGCUGCGUGCCUGCAACUGUAUGUUUUUCUGAUAAGCAGUCUGUUCUGUUUGUGCUCUUCCUGAUGGUGCUGUCUGUUUUGUGAGGAGGAUGUAUAUGCCUUUUGUUUCGCUGUUACAUGUUCCGGGAUGAAUUCAACGGAUAGCAACAAGGAUAAGCUGUAAAUUCAGAGUUUGAAACUUGGUAACUCUCUUGGGACUAGGUUCGAGAGAUUUAUCCUUUUUGAAUUUUCUAGUUUUAAC